AUGGGGGUGGUUUUUGGUGAGGACGGAAUUGCAAGGGGUGGAAGAUAUGUUUCUAGAGGCUGGAUAGUUGUGUUGCUGCUUGAGCUGAUUUUUGGACAGCUUGAUGAAGGAGGAUUAGAGGAGGCCAUAACAGCAGGGAAUUGGAUGAUGCAAAUGUUGGAUAAGCCCAAGUUACUCAUUGCAAAAGGAGUAGUUGCUGCCUAUCGGACUAUCUGUUUCUGCAAUCAGUCUGGGCUGGUACUGUUCUUAUCUGCAUCUGAGAUUGAUGUUGUUAAUCUCAAGGAGUUACUAGCAGCUGGAAUUGAAGAGUGUGCAGUUGAUUAA